AAGGAAGAUGAAAAUGAACUGAUAACGUUGGACCAUGUUAUGAUCAGUUCGAGAUAUGUUCUGUUCUAUUUGAUCAGUUCGAAUAGCGGUCGUGCAUCCGAAUUGAUUCAGCCGAUAAAGCAAAUGAUUCAAGCGAGAAAUUGUUUGGCUACGGAGAGUGCUAAAAAGGCAUCGAAUCUGCCCUUAUUCGAUGUUAAAAGCGACCGUUCGCCAGCACGUAUUCGUCGACUGUUCGGAGUUGCGAAGAAAGGCAAAAAGAAGAAAGCGAUUGAGCAGUGUGAGACGGCAGUUGUAGUUCUUGACGUUGAUUCCAGAGAUGACAGUUCACCGCAAACGACAUUCGGUGAAUCAGGAUGGCACUUUUUUGCACCGAUGAAUUCAAUGGCUAAGAGUCGUUUACUGCGUUCACUGCGUUACAAUUCCACCCCAUCCCUGAUUGUUAUUGAAACGGCUACACGUCAGAUCAUUACUACAGAUGGACGACGUCUGAUACAUGACGAUCCCAACGGGAACACUUUUCCUUGGUUAAAUCCGAGAACUGAACAACUGUUCGAGGGUAAUGUUCUGCGUAAUGUUCGUACAACGGAUGGUCAGAAGAAGAUCACAACAAUUGAUUUCAAGACUCUCGCACCCACAGUAAAAGGAAUUUAUUUCGGUGCCAAUUGGUGCAAUAUCUGCAGAUCAGAGGAAUCAUUCGAGCAGCACUUCUCAACGAUGCCUUGGCUUGCGUUCCCGUUCGAUCACCAUAAAUUAACACUGUUUACUCGUCUAUAUAACGUGAACGGUAUCCCAGCAUUUUUGAUAUUGGAUGAAGAGAAUAAUAUAAUAACGAGGCAUGGCCGAAGUGCUAUGCUAAACGAUCCACAGGGUAAACUCUUUCCAUGGGGAGCUCAGCCAAUGUAUGAGCUGAACGAGCACACCUUAUGUCGUCUCAGAGACGAGCCUUCUCUUGUUCUCUUCACAGAAGGUUCACCUGAAGAUGUGGCGUUCUCAGUUGAAGUGCUUCGACAGAGUGCUGAUAGUUUAUUUGCUGAACGGUCUGAGGGCUUGAAGAGAUCUCCUUCAAAAGAUUCGAAAGAAAGUGAAAGUCAAGAUGAGAACGGAAACACGACAGAUUCCUCGAAUUUAACACAUUCCACGAAUUCGGUCAACAGCUGUGCAUCGUCCGAUGUCUCAAUACCACCUUGGGCCGAUCCACUGCAAAUCUUCUACACGGGCGAAGAUCCUUUAUGUGAUUUAGUGUUGGAAGGAUUAGGUCUGGGUGAUGCCGAACUACCGAUGCUUGUCAUCGUUGACGUUAUUGGUGGCCGGAUGUGCGUAUGCGAUAAACCCGAUGUUAGCACGGAAAUUGUGAAGGAAUUCAUCAACGACUAUAAAAACGGCAAAACGGCCAUGGUUCCUUUACCGUCAACUUGUCAAAGUUCUGGAAUGCCGUCUCAAGUUGGUGGAAUCCCGAUCCGAAUGAUACACCAAGCACUAGGAAUGGGCAAUUCACCAUCUCAAAAUUCGAUUGGUUCCGAAACGGUUCCCCUCUCGUCACCGUCCACUAACAUAACAAAUACUGAGGGUAUGGCGAAAGCCGUUGUUAUAUAA